GAAUUCGAGACGGACUCAGAGAGCGCGAAUAUAUUUACAUAGAACACUCGAAGUAAGGUUAGUGAUCAUAUAUUUGCCUUUCAAUAAGACGAAGCGGUCGUAAUUCAAGUUAUUUACCAACAAAAGGAAUGAACGACUCCGAAGUGUUUCGGCCUACAAAUGGGCCAUUAAUAGUACGAGGAAAUUUGAGACAAAACCUUGUCGAUGAAGCAUUUAAGAAACAAGGAAUGGAAAGAUUGUCUAGGCCGGGAAGUCAAGCCCGAUUCGGAAACUUGAGCUUUAAUUCUUUCUUCGCGCGUCAUAACCCGCAUCCAAGCAGAGUGAGGCAUAUGCCUGGCUUGUUGGAUAUUCCGAUCUGCACGGUUAAUGAUGAUGGUUAUUUUGCAUCACCAAGAUAUAAAUUAUCUUUCCCGCCCAAUAACUUUCAACAACAGAAAAUGAAAAUUCCCGUAAAUGCAGAUAGAUUUCAAGAUCCGUAUAAGUAUACGGUUGAUACUAUCAGUGGAUUACAGCAUCAUUUAGGAGGAAACUUGAAUAUGAGAGUAUUUAGGGAAAAAGCAGUACCGCAUGUUGGAUUAGUACCAGUAACGGAAGCCUGGAGAGACGAAUUAAGGGCUUUAACUGAUGCUGCAUACAAUGUAGCUCCGAAACAAAAUUUACCGCAAAUACAUCAGACUGGAAGUGGUAAAGCCUCUCCAGCUCGUUCAACGGCUUCAAGACAGAAAACUCCCAAUACGUCAAAGCCACAAAGUCAUUGUUCUCGUCCGGGAACGAGAGUAAAGACGCAAUACUCUACAGAGACAGGUCGCAUAAUUCCUGCAAGUAGUCGACCUGGCACAAGAAAAGAUCGUUUAUUCCAUAGAUUUGAUCAUAUCGUUGAAGAAAACGACAAAGAAAGUGCAAUCUUCCAGAUGCUCUGCCAAAUAUUACAAACAGAUGAUAUCAAUUCUGUUCAAGCUUGGCUAGUGUCUGCUGGAGACAGAGAAAAGGCUCUUGUAUUGAAUAUGAUACAAGCUGUCCUGGGGAGUAAAGAGGAAUACAACAACCCUUAUACCAAUUAUAAACCGUCUGAAGUGUUUCUUCCUCAGCCUAUUGAAGGUAGUAUAAUCGGAGACGAAAAAUCAGAUAGGUUGAAAUUGGACGAAGUAAUAGAAAGUAAAAAAACUUCACGUAUCCAGACUGCAAAUUCUAAAAGACAUAGUCCUAUAGAAGAGGAUUUUCAAGCACAGAGUUCAAAAGAUGCGUCAACUAAUACCGAAAAAGCUCCUCAUUCAGCGCCACCUGUAUUACGCUACACCCGAUCGCAUUAUUUGUAAUAAUUUAUAUAAAAAUAAUGUUAGCAUUUUUCGAAAUCAGUAUUACGUCUUGGCCAUUUCCGAUUGACUGCACAGUGUUUCAGUGAUCAGUAUAAUUUGUUUCGAUUGGCACAUAAUUGAUCUAUAUGCACAGUUCGAAGCUUGGCUUUGAAAAUUAAAUAUAAAAUAUACAAGUAACGCUACAUAUCCCAUAGAUGGCGCUUUUCUUGUGUUUUACUUAACCUUAGUUGUUAAAUAGUUUAAUUUAACGUAACAUUACAUUUUGUCUCCCUUUAUCACACUUCUCUUUCGUAACAAAUUGAAAGGUCAAUAAGAAUCAAUAAACUUUUUGUGAAUAAUUCUGAAAUUUAGAAAAAUCUAUAGGAUAAGGGGCGGAUUUCUCUUAGCAUAAUACGGUUGUGAUUUCAAUCGCACAAAAAGUUUGAUUGGUUUUCAAUAGUCUAAUAAAGCUGAACGUUCAAUAACCGAACGGUUACAAAUCAAUGGGAUAUUUAAAGAUUAAAGAUUACUUUCUAAAUCCCAAAUAUAAAAUAUAUUCCCUAGAAAGUUUGUCUUGAAAACUUAAAGAAAUACAACACCUUAUUAGAUUCGUUUAAGGUUAUUGAAUGUCUGAUUAAAUACUUAAUAGUUUAUAAAGAAGCUAAGAAGGGCCUACACCACGUGAUUUUUACUAAUAUUAAAAGAAGAAUAAUAAAUUCAGACUAUAUGAAAACAUAACCAAAACCUAUCUGUAGGCUAUGAGAAAAUCUAUAUAUCUAUUUCUUCAAAAACUGUUCAAAUUUAAUGAAAUAGGGGCAAAAAGAAUGCAAAAUGUUAAUAUAAUAUGUAUUUUUUAUGCUGCAAAUAGUAUUUAUAAUAAAUAUCAUAUGUUUUUAAUAGAAACCGGACAAAAAGCGAUAUAAAAGCUGUAGAAUAAUGUUAAUAAAUAAAUGAAUGAUGAUUUAUAUACCCC